GAAGAGAGGCGACUGUAUCUGUGCCUCUCUGCUCUCGCAAUCCUUUCGCCUGGAUUGGCUAAUUGGAAUUAUUUAGAGAAAACGAAAGAGCUAGAGGGGUAAAGCAAUCUCACGUUCACCGUUCCAAGGUGAAGAGGGGAGGAACGCUGCCGGUCCACAAGGGCUGUGAGGACAGCCAAGGGGCUCCCGACGGAGGCAACAUGACCUCAAACGGGACGAAGUGAAAAGGAAACACGACCUCCUUCGCUGACCUUUGUCAAUUAUUCCUUCUUCGUUUUUGUUGCUGUUUCCGUCGUCUUCUUGUCAAAAACUUGAGGUCGAACCGGAGGAGUUAGUUGUGGCACGGCUUUGCUCGCAGGGAUCUGCGCUACUGUCCUGUGUCUUGUUCACGUAGUUUCUCCGGGAGACUUCGAGCAGAAAACACGCAAACCUGUCGUUUUUUUUUGCUUGUGUCAAAGCUGCAUCGGCUUUUUUCGCGUCCUUCGCGACUUUUGGGCCCUUGUCGUCAACACUGGUCUCUCGGACGGCGUGUGUGUCUUGCACGAGUUACUUUCCCUCCUUACCUUACGCGCUUGGCCCGCCACCAUCAGUUCCCUUCGCUUUUCUCUGUCCACGGCACCUCUCUGUUUCUUUUUCGUCUGCCACUGCCAUUCGCUUCUAUGAAACUCUCCGUAUUUCCGCUUUUGCUGACGGGAAAUCCGCUCCCGCUGGACUGCUGCCGCAGACACGACGCAACCGGAGCGCGAGGACUCCCGGAGUUUCCUCUCGACAAAGGAGACACUUCGGCUUCCAGUCUGGCUUUGAUUACGAAAGCGCCUUCUCCUCUUUAUGGACUCCCUCUCCACUUUGUUCCGUACGCGCGUGAUUCUCUUUCGGCGCGUCAAGACACCCGCCGAGUAGCGGAUUCAGGGUCGCGUCAGUCGGACCUCUCCGCACGGUUCUAAAAAAGGCAUCUCUACACCGUUGUACCGCCUCUCUCUCGUUUCCUUGUGUCUGCAUCUCUAGGUUCACUCUCUUGGCCGAAGUGUGGGAGGGCAUUUCCUCCUGCCUUUGGAUGCAUAGGGAUGCCUGUGCCUUGUGGGGAACUCGUCGCUUGACAAGGAUCUCUUUCUGCUGCUGUUGUUUUCAAUUGACACGCGCACCAGUUUCCUCUUCUCCACACUGCGCAUGUCUUUCCCUUUCCACCUCAACUUUUUUGAUUCCUGUUUCACCGACUGUCUCUCGCUCUCCCUUUUUCUGUGGGCGUCUCCGGUCCUCUGCUUCUUGGUUCCCUCCCGCUUUUUCGUCGACUCGCAGCCAAGAACGAAUUUCACCUGUUGGCCGUGAUGGGAUCUGUUGCCUGUCGUGUCGUGACUCUUCCUUUCUUGACAUUCCUUCGGUUUUCUUUGAAGUCGAUUUCGUCGCGGACAUUUGAAUUCGAGAAAACGUAACGCGACAGGGACGCCUUCCUUCUCGAUUUCCUUUCUGCUCGCUUUUCGCUUCGGCACCGCUGCCCCUCCUUCUCAGUGUUGCUGCUUCUCUGCUUGUCGUUCGCAUGUAGUUUUUCGCGUCUGCUACUGCUUCCCCCUAUUCCGCCUCUUUCUUCUUCACUUCCUUCUCGCCCUCCUCCUCCUUCUCCUCCUCCUCGUCUCCCUCCCCUGGAUCUUCGUCGUUCGCUCCACUUUAGGUUUUUCGUCUAUCUAGUCCCGAGUUCCGCGCUCCUGUCUUUCAGCGUUUACGCGCCUCCACGAGCGCCCCGCUGAAGGAGUUCGAGAGCCCCAAAGAAGAAUCCGCUAGCGGAAAGACAUUCACGUGUCUUUUGACGGUGCUGCUGCAGAUCGACCAAAAUGGCGACGUCUCCGGGCGGGGAGAGCGGUGCUCCCAGGUUGACGGAGAAAGACGGGAAGACGAUGCAGAGGUUGACUCUCGGGGAGGCGGCAGAGGAGAUCAAGAGACUGCGUCGCCUGACGCGGCAAAACAAAAUCGACUUGCAGAAGAAAGAAGAGGAAAAAGGACAGCUGGAACACACCGUGUCUGAACUCCAGGCGGAAAUGCAAAGUGCGCAGCGUGCAGCGGAGAAGAGAAUCCGCGAGAAAGAACGAGAAGCAGACGACCUGCGAAAGCAGCUCGACAAAGCUGCUGAGGACAUGAGGUUCCUUCAGUCAGUUUCCCUGCCGAUCAACGAAGCUCGAAAGUUGACGUACAAAGCGUUGAGAAAAGGUCGGGCGUUGGAGUGUCUCGGAGAACUGUUCUGUCGAAACUCGGUCACGAACCGCAUGCUGCGCGAGGGUUUCACCGCAAUCGUUGAAAACGCCUUCGGCCUUGGUCACUUGGCUUUUCGAGCUGAACACGGUGUCGGGCCGAGCAGCCGCACCGCAGUCGAAUCCCAGCUGCGACUUCUUCGACAAGAGCAGCUGCUUCUGCUGGCUGAGAACGACAGGCUCACGUCGCAGCUGUCUGAAGUCCAGGGGUCACUGGCCAGUCAACGGAGAGAAGCUGCCAACCAGCCGGAAGAAGAAGCAGAAAUAGAAAAAGCCGAGGCGUCCGCAGGCGGCGGGGACACAGACACUGAGGAGAAGAAGCAGUCCGCGAAAAGCAGAAAGAAGGCGAUCAAGGCGGCGUUCGAGCUGGUCGCAGGCCUUCUGCGAACUGCCCGAGUGCGCCUAUUGGCUGUCGCGAUGCAGAGGCUUGCGUGCUACGCCAUACAUGAAACAGGAGUCAUGCUCUUGGACGUUGCUCGCACAAAAGCCACAAACAACUGGAACCAAGUGAAUUUUAUUCUGGGCGCUAAGUUGAUCCUCAUAUUCCUCCGGGCUUUCAUGCGUCGCCGCGAACAGCUCGGAUUUUAUCGCCUUUGGGAAAAUGCGAUUAAAGAUAAGAAAGUCAAUAGAGAGCCGGAAAAAACACCCAUGUGGAGAAACUCGGACCCUGCGGCAGACUUGGCGCUUCCGUCUCCAGGCGAAAGUCUGUCCCCGCAUCUUCUGGGGUUGAGUCUGGCGGGAUCUGCCGGGCCUCUGGGAGGCUUGCCACCCUUCGUCUACCAACCUCACUACUACUGCAGGCUGCCUAGCACGCAGACGCGCAGAUCUGGAAACGUUUUCUACCCUGCUCCUCCAGCGCCGACGGGACAAGCUGAAUUGAAGCGCCAGGCUCUCUGCCACAACACUGACGUCUGCGAUCCGAUCUAUCGGCCUGCACCAGAGUUGUCUGCAAGCCCGCAAGUCAAUCGCGGAUUCAAUUCGGUAGGUCCCAGUGGCUUUUUGCCGGGACUCGCAUUCAGCAGAGAGACGAAACAGCGAAGGAGAGAACUUCAAGGGGCACUGCUGAAGCGGAGUGCAUUCCCGGACGAGGAACCAAUGAGCGCGACGCAGAUGAACGACAUGUACAUCGACAUGCUUCUGGAGGAAGUCGACAAGAGACAGUGAACUUGAAGAACUCGUUUUUGUCUCUUGUCUAGAGCACGACAAGCGGCUGUUCAGCGUUUUAUCGUGGCGAAGAAGCGAGGCAAUGAACGGCGCUAGGUGUGCGAUAGUGGGAUUCGUGAAGGUCGGCACUGUCUCUGUUUCACACAGCCGUGUGUACCGAGGACGAUGAGAGAAUUAAGGGUGCGAAACAGGUACUUUGUCUCUUUUUCGGGGACUUUCCCCUUCUUCAUGCGUGGCGUUUUUCCUCUUUGGUGGCUCUCUCGCGCACCCAGCGCGCGCGUCUUUCCCUGCAAGGUCGCUAGACGCAGUUAGUAAACGACGCAUUUCAGUCGCUUCGAGUGAAAAAUUUAUCGAAGGCAAAGGAAACUCGGCGCAGAAACUCCUGCUAAUGCCAGGCGAGUAUGGCCUGAGGCUCUCGAGAGAGAGCGAGCUUGCAGUGUCUCCGUUUUGGGUUCCGCCCCCGAGCAGGAAAGGGGCGCAAAGCUGUUGUUUGACAAACAGGUGAUUCUGUCCAAGUUCUUCAAGUCAAGUGUGCGAGCGAUUCGUCUCGCCUGUCUUGGAACCGAGAGACGCGAAGCCCAGGGGGCACCUAAAGCGCUCGAUUCUCCCCGCGAGAACGCCGACCGCGAGAGACUCAGAUUCCGUUUUUUUGACUUCACGACGGGAUGUCCAGUUCACAGACUGUGGCUAUACCCACCUGCCGUAGGGGAGUGCGACAGACAUGGGAGGAACGUGACGAGCACUCUACGAGGGAGGAUAGGUAGACUGUUUUUUUCCAGUUCAGGUCGGCGCGCACAGAAGUUCGAGGCCCCUCCAGGUGUCUUUCUGGGCGCUGUGGCGUGCGUUUUUUCAGCCCCGUGACGCGGCAUUGGCACACAGAAUGGUGAGAUCUUUAGACCUGCAAUCCUCCUCAUGCCAGGAUAUUUGAUGCUUAGGAACGGGGAGUUUUCCCAGCCUUGAGAACCCCACUUUGGUGGGGCAGCGAUGUUGAAAGCACUUCAGCCCAAGCCCCGCGGUUUAGUAAAGCUUCUGUCGUCAAUCUGUACUAAAGGAAAGAGCGACAACGCACAAGCGUGCAGAUACACUUCAGAAGAGUCUUGUGCGUUCCACGACUUCAACAUCGAGGUGGAGAAGUAGCGACAAGAUCGGAAUUAGGAAUGGAGCUGUUUUGCAAACGUGCUCAAAGCUUCGAACUCUACUUUUUUUGAAAAUCAAGUAAUUUCUUCAUCCCACGUCCACAGUUUCAAAGCGUGAUCAGUUCUCGGUCCGCUAAUUCAGUAUUUAGAUCGAAUUCCACGUAAUUUAAACAUAUUCGUAAAUGCACAGCAAGUGUAAUUCUCUCUGCCGUGUCCAUCAACGACUG